AGAACUCAACUUCCUAGAGGUCCAAAGGGCAAGUGGAUCGUUGGAAACCUCGACAGCAUUGUAUCGACUUACCAGUGGAAGCAAUUUUCGGAGUGGUCGAAAGUAUUCGGUGAUAUCCUUUACCUGAAAGUUCUUGGACAACAUAUCAUUGUACUCCAUGAUCUAACUCAUGCACAAGAGUUGAUGGAUAAAAACGGAGCUAUAUAUUCGGAUAGACCAAAGAUGACAUACGUAAACAAGCUGGUUAAGAUCCAGUCCCUAACCUUCAUGCCCUAUGGCUCUCUGUGGCGGACACACCGAAAAUUAAUGCAUCAUUACCUGAAUACGAGAGGUGUGGACGAGCUUCAACCUGCCAUGUUGCAAAGUGUUCGGACCCUACUUGAAGAUUUGCUCAUUGCACCUGAUGAAUUC